AUGCGUUUGACAGGGACCGUGCCAUCGUCAGGCAACAGCACUGCAGCAUCCUCGCAGUCUCAAACCGUCAAGUCGAUGCUCAGAUGUAUGAUUGCUGAUGAGAUGGGUCUUGGGAAGACGGUGCAGGCCAUUGCGGUGGCAUGUGUCUUCAGACAGGAGUGGCCUCUCCUCGUGGUGGUGCCGUCGUCCCUGAAAUAUCCCUGGAUCGAGGAGCUGGAGAAGUGGAUCCCCGAGCUGCAGCCUGGAGACAUUAACCUGGUGGAGAACAAGAGCGACACCAUGGGUAUCGGCAACAGCAAGGUAACAGUGUUGGGUUAUGGCCUGCUCACAACAGACGCGCGCCCCCUCGUGGAGGCUCUGACCAGGCAGCAGUUUGCUGUGGUUGUGGUGGACGAGUCACAUUACCUCAAGUCUAGGAAUGCGGUGCGGACGAAGAUUCUGGUUCCUCUCAUUCAGAGAUCUAAGCGGGCCAUCCUGCUCACCGGGACCCCGGCCUUGGGUCGACCUGAGGAGCUGUUCAUGCAGGUCGAUGCCCUCUAUCCAAAGAGGUUUGGGACCUGGACCGACUUCGCCAAGAAAUUCUGCAACGCCCAUUACAGGUACAUUGGGCGUCACAGACAGUGGGACUGUCGCGGUGCGUCCAACCUGAAGGAGCUGCACCAGCAGCUGAGUCAGAUCAUGAUCCGUCGUCUCAAGGCUGAGGUGCUCAGCCAGCUGCCCACCAAAAUCCGACAGUGUAUCCCCUUUGACCUGCCCGACAAGGCUGCAAAGGAGGCCACAGCCAGCUAUGCCAAGUGGGAGAGACUGAUGAAGGGACUGGGGUCAGGGGGCAACGCCAUGGACAACUCCGUCACUGAGGUCAUGGGGCUGGUCAAUCAGAUGUACACGCAAACAGCUAUAGCCAAGGCGGGAGCCGUGAAGGACUACAUUAAGAUGAUGUUGGAGGCAGAGCAGCUGAAGUUCCUGGUGUUCGCCCACCACCUCACCAUGCUGCAGGCCUGCACCGAGGCCGCCAUGGAGGCCAAGACUGGUUACAUCCGUAUCGACGGCAGCGUCCCGUCCUCAUUGCGAAUCCAGCUCGUGCACAAGUUUCAGAGUGACCCGCAAACCCGGGUGGCCAUCCUCAGCAUCCAGGCUGCUGGCCAGGGUUUGACUCUCACGGCAGCCAGCCACGUGGUGUUCGCUGAGCUCUGCUGGAACCCCGGUCACAUCAAGCAGGCCGAAGAUCGAGCCCACCGCAUCGGGCAAAAGGCCUCGGUCAACGUGCACUACCUCAUAGCCAAGGGCACCUUGGACACUAUCAUGUGGUCCAUGCUUAACAAGAAGGAAACGGUGACCGGCAGCACGCUGAACGGGAGGAAGGGGUACCUGAAGGCCGAAGAGGGGGACAAGGACAAGUGGGAGUUCCUCAACUUCGCCCAUGCGUGGACACCGAGUAACAUGGUGCUGCCCCCGCUGGAGGGAAACUCAGCAGAUGGGAAACAGGAUGUGUUCUUUUCUCAUUUUGAUAAAGACAAGCAGAAUGACAUACGUUCCUUCUUCUCCCCGAGCAUGGAGAAGAAGAGGAAGAGAGCAGAAAAUGAAGAAACAUCUCCCUCCAUCUCUUCAGAGACGACUGCUGCAUCGGCUGGCAGUAGGAUGAGCUCGGAGAAGAGGGAGGAGAGGAGAGACCAGACACUUGACCAGGACUUCUCCCCACAGCUGAAGAGGCUGCAGACCCAGCAGCCCAGCCCAAGCCCCAGGUCUCAAUUUAGGGGGAAGAGGAGGUUGACGGCUGGGGGGAUCAGCGCCGGUAGCCCACGCACUUCUAGCUCCUUCAUGGCCCAGCGGAAGCUCUCAGAGCCCGAGCCUUCAUCUGAGAUGUGGGACUGUGGGUCCUGCACCUACUCCAACAGCAGCCUGUUGCCUUACUGCGAGAUGUGCGAGUUCCCGCGCUCUUCUUCUGCCACACCAGCUGGCUCAGAGCCACCCAGGCCUCAGCAACCCCCCUCAGCCAAGAGGGACCAGACGUGCAUCGUCCUCUCCAGCUCCGUCAGCGAGCCAGAGCUCAGCCUGGGAAAAGCCCAGCCUCCGAAACCCUGUAAAGACAAACAGAGCAAGGAGGGGGAGGAGAAAGGGAAGGAUGAACUGCUGAAAGACAAACAGAAACUAGGAGAAGCAGAGGAGGAGGACAAGCGGCAGCUCAAAGGCAAACAAUCAGCGGGAGAGCGAAGCGUCAACGUCGCUGGCGCGGGCAGCUGCCUCCCCCCUGACCACACACCGGCUGGCUCAGAGCCACCCAGGCCUCAGCAACCCCCCUCAGCCAAGAGGGACCAGACGUGCAUCGUCCUCUCCAGCUCCGUCAGCGAGCCAGAGCUCAGCCUGGGAAAAGCCCAGCCUCCGAAACCCUGUAAAGACAAACAGAGCAAGGAGGGGGAGGAGAAAGGGAAGGAUGAACUGCUGAAAGACAAACAGAAACUAGGAGAAGCAGAGGAGGAGGACAAGCGGCAGCUCAAAGGCAAACAAUCAGCGGGAGAGCGAAGCGUCAACGUCGCUGGCGCGGGCAGCUGCCUCCCCCCUGACCACACACCGGACCGGAGAGCUGCCGUGUGUUUGUCUUCUGCUGCUGAUGCUAAUGACGACGAUGAGGACAAUGAUGGCGAUGACGACAGCGCUACCCAUCCCGUCUACCCGGGCUUGCAGUUCUGCGCCAGCCAGUACACAGACCGAAUUUAUUUGUACUCCAAGGAUGGUACGGCGCUGAACUUGAGCUUCAUCCCUCUGGACAUCAAACUAACCAGCUGGGACGACCUGCCCGAGGCCUUCACACGGCGCCGGGAAAAUCGAGAACAGGUGCUGAGGUUCGUUCAGGAGUGGAGCAGCCUGGCAGCCAUGAAGAAGAAACUGCUCCGUCGCAGCAGCCUCCUCUUCCACAGCCCCACGCUCGGCUUGCAGCAGCUGGCCGCCAACCAGCGCCCUCAUUCCAGCACCAAGAGGUACCUCAGUAAAGAUGAAGUAGCCCAGGCCUCCCUGAACAAGGUCCAGCAGGAGGGAGGCAGCGUCCGACUGGUCAUAAAGGAAAACUUCUCCACAAAGAAGAGCUCUGCCUCUUCACUCACGCCACCUUCCUCAGAGAGGAAGGACGAGGAGUCCGGUGAGGCUGCGGAGGAGCCGUCAUCAUCACACUCUGCUUAUCUGCAGGCUGUGGAUAGUGAAGGUGUCCCUCUGUGUCUGUCCUGCCAGCAGGCCUGCUCUAACUCCGGUGGGGCCUGGGACACUCGAUUCUGUAGCCACAGAUGCCAGGAGGAGUUCCAGUUGCGCUCCAGCCAAACAUACAUGCGCUUGCGGGUGCUGGAGGUGGAACAGGGAGUCUGUCAGCUGUGCGGCCUCCACGCCCACGACCUUUUCCUGAAGGUCCGUGAUGCUCCGCCCUCCCAGCGCAAGGAGAUGCUGGAGAACACUUCGCUCACCCAGCUGUCACUCAAACAGCUGAAUGAAAUGAUCCGCGCCCCGGUCGAAGGGAAUUUCUGGCAGGUCGACCACAUCCGGCCAGUCUACAGCGGAGGAGGACAGUGCUCGCUGGACAACCUGCAGACGCUGUGCACCGUCUGCCACAAAGCUAGGACGGCUCAGCAAGCCAAAGAGCGCAGCAGGAUAAGGAAGAGCGCGGCAGCCUCCAAGGUUGCAUCAGACAUCAGUAGGUUCUUCAUCAGGAAAUGGAAUGACAUGAAGGUUUAGAGAGGGUUGUAUAUGUGUAAAAUUCCCGCCGACAUGAUUUCUGACAGUUUGGAUGAAGAUGCAUCAUGGUUCUUCAAAGACAAAACUCAGCAAAGUAUCAGAAAUGCCAGGAAAAGGUCAGAUGCUCUCUAAAUCCCUCCUUUGCUUCUGCCACACUUUACCAUGAUAUCACCGCGUUUCUGUUGGACUCUGCUCCAGCGGCUGCUGUAGCAAUGAAGAUUUUUGUUUUUUUUAAACGUCGACAACAACUUUAUGCAAAUUCAGCGUACUCUGCUCUCGUCCCCGAACUGUCAAGCACGGUAGUUUUGAUUUAUGAUGGCCCCUUUUGCACGAGGCUGAAAUGGAGCAGGUUGUUUAGAAAGAUGCUGCUAUUAUGAUUUCGCAAACUUGGUGAAAGGUAGCCAGUGAGAGAUGAAUUGGGGGCUUUGUGAUUAAAACACGAGCGAGCGUCCUCAUUGGCAACAAGUGGCACCUUGUAAAUCUUUUGGAAGACAGGUGAACACUCCCGAGUGAAAUAAAAACCUAUUUUCCUCUUGUUC